GCGGCGGUGAGGCGACGGCAGGCGAUUGGGCGAGCGGAGCCAAACUGUAUCGUACAGUAAAAGGACAAGACCCCAAAACAACAACCACCGCGGCCGCGAAAAGGCGCACGAAAGACGACUCAACACUUGCACUUUCCGGUUUUCCACCACAAAUACUUCAGAUGUUACGAUGGCAAGCUUCACCAUUUCAGACGGCGAAUCAGAUCCCUCAGAGGAGGUAGGGGAGUCAGAAACCGACAAAUCACUCAAUCAUCAGGAGCAGAACCAUCAUCUUGGCCACGCCCUCACCACACCUGAGCUGAGAAUGUCAGCAAGUGGCCGGGUCAGGCUGAACUCUGAAUCCCACGUCUCCACUGUCUCCAAAGACGAGGAGCUCCUGGCCAGGGGGGAAGGAGAGGAUGGUGACGGAGCUCCUUUCCGGGGUCGCUCCCAGUCGGCGCCCCCUGCCCUCUGGGCGGCCAAGAAAUAUGGCCGUCAGCUCCGAAGAAUGAGUGACGAGUUUGACAGCUUGCUGGACAAAGGGGAGAUGAAGAGGGUUAGGAGUGCUGGGACGGCCAAACAGAUGCAGCACUCCAAAAGCUGGUGGAACUACCUCUUCAGUCACCAGGAGACAGAAGGAGAGACCAGCCACCAUGAAAACCACAGUAACCGCACUGAGUAGGAAGUGGGCUAGGUGGGCAAAGAGGGUGUGAGCCUAGAAGAAUGGAGAAAACGACAAGAACAAGCAGGGAGCUAUGGGAAGAAACAAUCCUGUCGAAGAACAAUGUGAACCAUGCUGGGUAUGGAACGACUGAAGGGGUGAAGAGAGGGAACGAGAGAGAUAGAUCCAACCAGAGAGUCUUGGCUGAGAGGGACACAAAUAUCACCAGGGUCCACACUCGCUCCAUUCCAUCAUCGGUGGGCUACAUUUGAUUAUCUUAUUUUGUAUUUUGAUCGGUUGUGAUGUUAGCUGUCUUGACUGUUGUUUGGGAAUUGUCCGUAAAAUGGAAAAAGGCAAGAACUUUGUUUUGGUGUCGAGAGCAUGAGGACAGUCUGUCAGCAAUGCGCCCAAUGAGCAAAUGGGCAGCCGUGUAAAUCAAUGAGCGAGAGAGAAAAGUGUGAAAAUUAGCUUCAGAAGAACCACUGUAACAGCACCAAAUAUAGCAAGACGGUGACACAGAAAUAGAGGCAGAGAGGGGAUUGACACAAAGCAAGGGAACAGAGAACAAAGAUAAAGCUGAGUAAGGAGAAGUGGAAAAGGAGCGGGAGAGAAGAUAUUUAAAAAAAAAAAAACAAAAAACAAAAAACAGAAGUACAAAACAUAUGAGGGGACUCAAGAGACAACCACUCAGUUAAAAGAUGCUUACCACUUUAGUUGUCUCUCCUGUCGACACUAUGCAACACAGAGGGAGAGACGAACGCACUGAAAUCUUAAUACCUGACUAUUUGAAGCCACUUUGAAUGCUCCAAGAAUAUCCUUCCAUCCUCAUUUUCUAAAAGAAAUUACUGAGUAAUUCAGAGAGUUGAUUUGUAUUAAAUCCACUGGAAAAUUGCUCUGAGGCCUCAUAUAGAUUGGAGCCUCUUGGAUGAUCAUCUUCCCUGUUACAAUGAAGUCAUUUAAUUUGGAACAAGAGAGAAUUGGACUGUAAAUGGAUUAUUAGGCAUAAGUAUAGUCACCUAUGUUUGAAAUUUUGCUAGUUCACAGUGUUUUGUUCACUGACUGUGACUAGUCCAAACACCUUGAUCUGAGGAGAGCUUGGUUUGCAUUCAUCUGUAAAGUUAAUGAAAUGCUUGCGUGGUUCCAAACGUUACUGCUUACUACUCUCUGUAUUUUUAUGGCACAAUCAGCAAAUAUUAUUCUGAGGAAAACAAAGAGGGUUUUUUUAAAGCAUUCAACUUCGGCCUCUAUCUUAGUUUUUUUUUUUAGCUACCUACAAACCAGCAUCACGUAAACAUGACUGCACUCUGGUGAUUAAAAAAAAAAAAAAACUCAUCAAUCGCUUUAUAUUUCAAAUUUAUCACAAAUGAACAAUCUUGUACAAGGACAAUCUCUGAAAUAAUGUCUUUCAUUAAGUACUGAACUUCAGGGU